ACAGAGAGCGAAACGGUAGGAAUAAGGAACUGCGAUUUCGAUCGAGACCACGCCAUAAGUGACCUUCGUGUGUCGUUAUUUUACGUGUCUGAAACUGGUAGAGUGCACACAUUGCAUUAGUGGACUACAUAUUUUAUAAAGGCUACAAGGCAGGUGACAUGGAAUGGGGAAGCCGAUAUGAGACGCUGGACUUGGAUUGCGAGGAGAGCACAAGGACGGAGAAAAGUGCAUUUAGUGGAAUGUUCAAAAGGGCAUCAAAAAUCUCAGAAAGCUCAGGACCUGCAGAGGAACAAAAUGGCAAUCUCUCAAAAAGCAAUGAUAAUCUCUCUGACAACAGCAGCUUGAAGGAGAAAGCCGGUGUGUUUGGUGGGAUGUUUAAGAAAAGCUCUAAACCAGCACAGGACAGUUUGUCAAACAAGCUCUCGGCGAGUGAUGACAGUCUCAGCGAUAAUAACAACAGCAAGGAGAAAGGAGGAAUGUUGGGUGGGAUGUUCCGGAAGUCUCCCAAACCCCCUGGAGGCGUUGACCAGGCCUCCCUGGCUAUUGACAAAGACCUUUCUGCCAGCAAUGACUGUCUUUCUGAGAAUAGCUCAAACAAAGAGAAAUCUGGCAUAUUGAGUGGGAUGUUCAAAAAGCCAAAUCACAAGCGCACAGCAUCACAGGAUAACCUGUGUGAUCAGAGUGAUGUAUCCGCCAGCAAUGACAGUCUCUCAGAGAGUAGCUCAAACAAAGAGAAAUCUGGCAUAUUGAGUGGGAUGUUCAAAAGGCCAAAUGUCAAGCGCACAGCAUCUCAGGAUAACCUGUGUGAUCAGAGUGAUGUAUCCGCCAGCAGUGACAGUCUCUCAGAGAGUAGCUCAAACAAAGAGAAAUCUGGCAUAUUGAGUGGGAUGUUCAAAAGGCCAAAUUUCAAGCGCACAGCAUCACAGGAUAACCUGUGUGAUCAGAGUGAUAUAUCCGCCAGCAAUGACAGUCUCUCAGAGAGUAGCUCAAACAAAGAGAAACCUGGCAUGUUGAGUGGCAUGUUCAAAAGGUCUCCAAAACCAAAUCAUAAGCGCACAGCAUCACAGGAUAACCUGUCUGAAAAGAGUGAUAUAUCUGCUAGCAGUGACAGUCUCUCAGAAAACAGCAACCCCAAGACUGGGAUGAUGGGAAAGAUUCUGAGGAAUCCAUUUCACUCCACUGCUCAGGAUAAGGAGAAGACAGAAAAAUCUUCAGAUGUAAAGGCUUCACGGUCAAAACAGGAGAAGGAUUCAGAUUCCGAGACAGAAGAGAUGGCUGACAGUGACGGACACUCCGGUCACAAGCAGAAUGCACUGGUCGGAGCCAUGUCAAAACUGAAUCCAUUCCGUCAUGCCAACAAAGAUAAAGAGUCAGAAAAGGAUGAUGAAGAUGAGUCCUCUGGCAGUGAAAACCAUUCCCAUCGCAAACAGAAUGUUAUGGUUGGAGCCCUAACGAAAUUGAACCCAUUUCGCUCCGCUCCCAAAAAACUCAACUCCGAGAUGGAAUCUGACGAGGAGCUAGAGCGAGACAAGGACGAGAUGAAAACGCAGAACCAAGGAGAGGAGAAAGAGAGAACAGCCCGCACGACUCUGGUCCCUCCCCGUCCCAGUGACAAGGAGCGGAGCAGCGCAGCCUCCAACAGCCAGCUGGGGAAAACCACAGCAAAGGAGAGAGAGGUCAGUGGUAAUAUGACUCAGAGAGAGAACAAGAGCAUGGCUAGACCUCCCCUGGUUCCACCCAAACCUAAGGAGAAGGAGCUGACGGCAAGAAUGAAAGGGAAUGAACUCAAGGAGACACAGUCUAAAGAACAACAGGGUGAUGGUGAGAGUGGGGAGCCCACACAUGGUGGGGAGGAGGCCAUUCAGCCUACCACAAAGAAGGCAAAGAAGCCUAAGAAUCCGUUCCUCUCACAGAACAAAGCCUCAGCGCUGAAGACUGGGCAGGGAGAGGCGUCUGGUAGUGAUCAUCUGGAGGAUGAAAGUGAUGAUGGGCUUGAAGAUAGGAAGGAACUCUGCACAGAAGAAAAGAAAGCAGAAGAAGAAGUGUCAUCUACAAAACCAAAGAAGAAGAAGAAAAAAGUCAAAAAUCCAUUCAUGGCUCAUGUUGCUGAAAAGCAGCAGGGUAAAAAGAAGAAAGAGGCAGAGGAGCGAGCCCAAGGGGAUAACUCUGCUGAGGGCCAAAAUAAGUCGCUGUUCGAUCAGCUGGAUGAGUACCGUUUUGAUAAGGAUGAGGAAGAAGACAAGGAUCUGGAUGGCUUGAUGGAGUGGUGGAAUACAGUAGAACAAUGGGAAGACAUGCCACAGAAUGAUGACAUGACAGAGAAAGAAGAGGCAAAAGCCUUUGCUGUGACUGCUGAGAAAGUACAGAAAGGUAUCCGCGUCUUCAACAAGCUGUUCACCGAGCGGGCCGAGGGACUGUGGCAGCACGUCAUCGACCUGAACGCCAUCGCGGAUGGCCUCGACCGCUUCAACAAGAGGACCAAGAUCGCCCAGAUUACCGGAGGCUCCACCAGCGCCGUUGGAGGCGUUGCUACCAUCACCGGGUUGGCCUUGGCUCCGUUCACCUUUGGAACAUCGCUGAUUGUGACCGCCGUGGGCCUGGGCGUGGCGACAGCAGGUGGACUCACCUCUGCCUCCGCCGGCAUCUCUAACCAGGUGAACAACUCGCUUGACCGCAAGAAGGUAGAGCGCAUCGUGGAGGACUACCAGGAAAAGAUGGGCGACCUCAACAAGUGCAUGAAGUUCAUCAAGCAAGGGAUCGAGAACCUGCGCAGGUUCGACCUUAUCAAGUUGAAGAAGCAGGCCUACAACCAGGACUUCCCGGCCCUCAACAACAUCUACGAGGAUGGGGCCAUGGCCGGCAAGGCCAUUCUCAUCAAUGCCAACGAGAUCAUGCGUGUGGUGCAGAUUGCCAACGUGGCCGGGAGCACUGCGGCGCGAGCCGUGCAGAUCGCCAGCAUGGCCACGGGCGUCCUAACGGGACUCUUUGUGGGCAUGGACAUCUAUUUCGUGGCCAAAGACUCCCGCGAGCUCAAGAAAGGUGCCAAGUCGGAGUUCGCCGGCAAGAUCAGGGAGGUGGCGGAACAGCUGCAUGCCGGGCUGGUGGAGCUCAACGGUAUCCGCGAGGAGCUGCAGUCCACCAGCUCCUCAGAGGGCAAAGCCGAGAACAUUCAGCCAGAGAACAUGGACGAUAUUGAUGACAUUGAUGAAAUCAAACGCAAAAUUAAGAGUGUUCCUCCCGAGAGGAGGGACGAUACCGAUGACAUUGAUGAAAUCAAGCGCAAACUAAAGAUGAACCCACCCCCGAGUGCUGACGAUGUUGAUGACAUUGACGAAAUCAAGCGCCAGCUCAAAAAUAACCCACCUCCAAGUACGGACGAUUCUGACGACAUUGACGAAAUCAAGCGCAAGGCUAAGAAUUGAGCUUCCCAGCUCCCUUACACCAAACACUAAACAUACUCAAGUAACUAAAUCAUGCCUUAAACUGAAAAAAAAACAAAACAGGCAAGGCCAAACCACAUUCUCAGUGAGUCCUUCCAGUUGCCUCCCUUAUCACCAUGGUCCACAUUAUUUAUUUGUGUCACUCCAUAUUACACGGCAACAUGCGGCCUCGCCCUCUAAGCUCUCUAAGCCCUUUCUGGUUCUACCACUUUGCCUCUGUAUGCACUAUCAGACUUGAACGGGCUAUGCAAAAGCUGUUGUUGCUGCUCUGUAGGUAUUUAGCUAGCCAAACAGCCAGCUGUUAAGCAAGUGUAAAAAUGCAUAUCUGCUGCACUAUACUGUAGAUGGAUCAUGAGAAAAGUAACAAACGCCUGUGUAAAGCCUCAGGACAUGCUUUGAUUUCAAUGUGUGUAUGUCUAUUUUAGCUUCGGUUUUUAAACAGUUAUUCAACCACUACCUCUCCGUUUCAAGAAUUUAUGUACAAAUUUUAAAGACUUAACUGUCGACCACUGGCACAAAACUAAUAUAUCGAUUUAUUAUUCUAUCUAGUUUUUAUUUUAAGUUUAUGUGGGUGCAGGUAGGUCUAUCUACUGUAAGUUGCUGUAAUGUAAGAAUUAAACUGGAAAACAGGGUUAUUUAAAUGGUGACUCUUGGGUUUUACAUCUCUGUCAGAACUCUUGUUUUAGAUUUCUGUUAAUAUAUUAACAUAAUUUUAUUAUAAGUUUUUGUGAUUUCAUUCUUUUAAAUUGAUGUUUGUUAUUAUUGAAUAAAGUAUCUUUGAAUUUAA